AUGGCCAACAAUUAUCAAACUCAGGGAUCGAGUUCCUAUGAUCCCCUAGGACGCUCGAGCAGUGAAAUUGGCUUGGAAGUGGCCUUGUCUAUUCUUAUUUGCCUCAUCUCCAUUCUCGACAACUUAUUAGUCGUCUACGUUGUCAAUAACGACUCCAAACUAAAGAGCGUUACGAGUACAUUCAUCCACAACCUGGCAUUGACUGACAUUUCCAUGGCAUCGCUUCACAUGCCCUUUUGGAUAAUUAGCCUGUAUAGAGGAACCUGGAUUUUUAGCGAGAAGUGGUGUGAGAUUUCAGCUACGAUUCUGUUUACGUGUGGACUUGCUUCUAUCCUGACAAUGGGGCUUAUCGCCGUUAACCGAUAUAUCCGCGUCGUCAAACCGGCGCUGUACAACAGGCUUUUCCCGAGCAAGAGAAUAGCACGAGUUUACUGCGCCCUCGUCUGGAUAGCUUCCAUGCUUCUUGCAACUCCGCCAUUGUAUGGGUUUGGCAAGAUGGCGUACAAUCCUCUUUUUGCCAUCUGCUCUUUCGCUUGGAAAGCCGAGCAUAUUUUAUAUAUCAUACUUGUCGUGGGUGUAGUGAUCAACGGAACCACAGUUCUAAUAUUUUACUGCUACUACAAGAUUUAUAAGACUCUGAAAGAAAGCACUCAAAAUCUGACAGCCCAUAGCAUGGAAGAUGGAGCGGCCUUAUCAGAAAGUCCUCGAACUGAUAUUAAACUGUUGAAGACCAGUUUCACGAUCGUUUGUGUAUUUCUGAUAAUAUGGGGACCAGUGACCGUCGUUGUGAUUGUUGAGUCCGCUGGGAUAUUUAUUCCUCGGGAGAUUUCUAUGCCAGUCAUUUACUUAGUAUUCAUAGGCAGUUUGUUAAAUCCAAUUAUUUACGGGAGUAUGAAUCCGCAGUUCCAAGCGGCCUUCAAAAGGGCUUUACUGUUUAGUCGUUAG